UUUUAUCAAUAAAUGGCCAAAAAGAUUCACUGUAAGAGAAUUUGGGAUAAAAGUCAAGACCAUAAAGAAGUUAUGUCGUAUACUUACAUUAGAGGGUGACUCUUCUUGUCUUCACUUCAUGAAUGUUCUAUCAAUCUUAUCGAAGAGAUGAUCAACGAAACAAGAAGGUGCAUAUUCUGGAUGAGUUUAAUUCAUCUUCAUUCAAAUAGAUGGCAGUUUGCACUCUCUCAUCUUCAGGGUCUGAGAGCUAAUGAACUAGCAAAUUUCUGAGUUGACAAAGCAAAUUGAGAGAAUAUCUUUAUUAUAAUUUUAAAGAGAUUAUUAAAUAAGAAAUCACAAACCCAAAAAUUUCACGAGUUUGUGAGAAGAGUUCUAAAUAAUAAGGAAAAUAAGAACUUGAGAGAAGAUUAUCCUCAUCUACUCCUUCUGAAAUAUCCUACAUACUUCAGAAAUUGAGUAUGGUUUUGUAUGAGCUUAAAGCCCUACUAUCCGCCAGCUUCCAGAGGAUACUCAUACUUCAUCAUUGCAAGAAAUCAAAGGUUGGGAGCAGAAUGAUGCCUAAAGAAAAACAAAGAAGGUUGGCAAGAGGAGGUGAAGGGUCUGAAAGAGAGGCUGUCACAGAUGCAAAACUAUAUCCAGAAGUGUGGAGAAGGUGCUCAGUCUGCUAAAAAGAAUGAGUAAAUUUUGCUAAUUUAUUUGAAAAUAAUGCAAUCGGAAAAGAUCAAAAGAUUCUCGAACAUAUGUAAGACUUGACUUCAGAGUCCUGCACUCUUAGGAUUUUAUCCUAAUAUAUCUUAUCUAUUAAAAAUCUA